UCUACAGACCCUAUCAAACUUCUACAGACCCUAUCAAACCUCUACAAACCUCUACAGACCCUAUUAAAACUCUACAAACCUCUACAGACCCUAUCAAAACUCUACAGACCCUAUCAAACUUCUACAGAGUUUAUCAAACCUCUACAAACGUCUACAGACCCUAUCAAACCUCUACACACCCUAUCAAACCUCUACACACCCUAUCAAACCUCUACAAACCUCAACAGACCCUAUCAAAACUCUACAAACCUCUACAAACCUCUACAGACCCUAUCAAACCUCUACAAACCUCUACAGACCCUAUCAAAGCUCUACAAACCUCUACAGACCCUAUCAAAGCUCUACACACCCUAUCAAACCUAUACAAACAUCUACAGACCCUAUAAAAACACUACACAGCCUAUGAAACCUCUACAAACCUCUACAGAGCCUAUCAAAACUCUACACACCCUAUCAAACCUCUACAGACCCUGUCAAACCUCUACAGAGCCUAUCAAACCUUUACAAACCUAUACAGACCCUAUCAAACCUCUACAGACCCUAGUAAACCUCUACACACACUAGCAAACCUCUACAGACCAUAUCAAACCUCUACGACACUAUCAAACCUCUACAAACCUCUACAGACCCUAUCAAAACUCUACAGACCGUAUAAAAACUCUACAGACCCUAUCAAACUUCUACAAACCUCUACAGACCCUAUCAAACCUCUACACACCCUAUCAAACCUAUACAAACCUCUACAGACCCUAUCAAAACUCUACAGACCUGAUCAAAACUCUACAGACCCUAUCAAACCUCUACAAACCCUAUCAAAACUCUACACACCCUAUCAAACCUCUACAAACCUUUAGAGAUGCUAUCAAAACUCUACAGAACCUAUCAAACCUCUAUAGACCCUAUAAAACCUCUACAGACCUUAUCAAACCUCUACAAACCUCUACAGACCAUAUCAAACCUCUACAGACACUAUCAAACCGCUACAAAGCUCUACAGACCCUAUAAAACUCUACAGACCCUAUCAAACCUCUAGAAACGUAUACAGAGCCUUUCAAACCUCUACAAACCUCUACAGCCCCUAUCAAAACUCUACAAAUCUCUACAGACCCUAUCAAAACUCUACAGACCCUAUCAAACCUCUACAGACCCUAACAAACCUCUACAGACCCUAUCAAACCUCUACAAACCUCUACAGACCCUAUUAAAACUCUACAGACCCUAUCAAACCUCUACAAACCUCUACAGACCCUAUAAAAACUCUACAGACCCUAUCAAACUUCUACAGAGUUUAUCAAACCUCUACAAACGUCUACAGACCCUAUCAAACCUCUACACACCCUAUCAAACCUCUCCACACCCUAUCAAACCUCUACAAACCUCAACAGACCCUAUAAAAACUCUACAAACCUCUACAGAACCUAUCAAACCUCUACAAACCUCUACAGACCCUAUAAAACCUCUACAGACCCUAUCAAACCUCUACAAACCUCUACAGAUCCUAUUAAACCUCUACAGACCCUAUCAAACCUCUACACACCCUAUCAAACCUAUACAAACCUCUACAGACCCUAUCAAACCUCUACAAACCUCAUCAGACCCAAACAAACCUAUACAGACCCUAUAAAAACUCUACACAGCCUAUGAAACCUCUACAAACCUCUACAGAGCCUAUCAAAACUCUACACACCCUAUCAAACCUCUACAUACCCUAUCAAACCUCUACAGACCCUGUCAAACCUCUACAGACCCUAUCAAACCUUUACAAACCUAUACAGACCCUAUCAAACCUCUACAGACCCUAGUAAACCUCUACACACACUAGCAAACCUCUACAGACCAUAUCAAACCUCUACGACACUAUCAAACCUCUACAAACCUCUACAGACCCUAUCAAAACUCUACAGACCGUAUAAAAACUCUACAGACCCUAUCAAACUUCUACAAACCUCUACAGACCCUAUCAAACCUCUACACACCCUAUCAAACUGUGAGGAAGUGACCUGGCCCUGUUGACACACACACACACACACACACACCUCAACGUACCUCAUUCUUCCUCCGUAAAUCCCUGCUGAGGCGAUGUGGGUGCACACGCACGCUAUUAGCAUACUGGACUUUCAUACACACAAACAUAUCCACUCCGUUUCACCCCCUGACAGUAAUUCACGCUGCGCAUGACAACACAAACACACAUACAUAUAUUUGAGUUAAUGGUUUACGGUGUUUUGCUUAAUUUUUCUUUGUUUCAUGUCUUAAAUACACACCGGUGGUUUGUGCUUGGUAUUGUCUGUGUAGUGGGUUCUUCGUGCGGCGUUUCCCCCAUAGGCCGGCCAAACCUGGGCGCCACCCCGGUGGCCUGGCUAUAUACUGCCAGAAUUGGCGCGAAGCAACCGGAAAUAGACUAGUCUACUGUGUGUCCCAUGGGAAAAUCGCGAAAUGUUUUUAUAUUUACGUUAUGUCUAUCUGCUAUUAUGGUGUAUAAUGCUUUAUUUCAUAGUGUAAAGAUAUAUAUAAUGUAGUAGAUGAUAUCUUAAAUGUAUGAUAUGCUUCCAUUAUUGUAAAAUAUGUGCCUACCCUGCACCUUCCUUGCUAGUUGGUUUAAUCCAAAGAGGGGCAGGGCUUAGAGUUUAAAAGAGAUCCCCAAACCACUGUGGGUGUGGGUUGUUUAGUAGGUUGGUUGUUGUUUUUUUGAGUGAGCGUGCAACUGUGGUGCCGUGAGCAAGAUUUGUUAGAGGUUAAACUAUUGUAUAUAGAGCUAAAGUGUUUGUUUGUUUAUUUGUUUAUUUGUUUGUAACUUUGUAUAUAGCUUUGGGUUUUUUUUUCCCCCCGUACUGGAUCACCUCUUGAGCACUGUAAAUAAAUCAUCACCUUGCACUAUAACAUCUCGGCGAGUAUUGCCAUCAUUCUGGGGGUAUUCUGGAGUCUGGGAAACCACUGCCUCACAUUUGGUGUCAGAAGUGGGAUGGCUACUCGCAAGACGGUGGCGAGAGGUAGGAAGCUGAGGACAGGGCUUCGCUCCCAGACCAAAGCUAUGGCUGAGAAGGAUGUUGCCUGGGACACGGUCGACUCUACUGAGGAGGAGAGAGAGGAUGAUCUCCCGACGGUUCUUCCCAAGUUCACACCGCCCCAAGACAAACUCGUCUCUUCUGCUGCAUCCGGAGGUGGGAUGGUAGCUGUGAUGCGGGACUUCCUUGACGCACAAGAGCAGAGAGAGAAACGCUAUCUUCUGGAGCUACAGAAUCUACGUGAGUCCAUCUUGCAAGCGGUCCGUCCAUCCGAAGAGACAAGCGAUGCCGGCAGUCCACUGAUGGACCUCCCAACGCCGGGCCCUCGCAGAGGUACAGCUCACCAGAGAGACAGGACCUCUGUGUCAGACUCACCAACAGUCCUGGGACCCAGCAACCAGCCAACGCUACGAACAGAGCCGAAGUUACCAGUCUUCCAGCAGGGGGAAGACAUUGAGAACUUCUUGCGUCAGUUCGAGCGUCUUGCUAGAACCUGGAGGUGGCCAGAGAAUGAGUGGAGUUAUCGUCUUGUUCCACUGUUAACCGGGCCAGCGCUAGAGGCUUACCUGGCUAUGGAUGAGGACAGAGCAGAGAACUACGCCGACCUAAAGGAGGCUCUGCUGGAGAAAUUCAACAUCUCUCCAGAGACCUACCGUCAGCGGUUCCGUGCUGCUUCUACUCCAGCUGGGGAAUCACCAACUGAGACCUACCAUCGGUUGCGGAACUUGUACCGUCAUUGGGUGAGGCCUGAGCUGCAUACAAAGGAGGAAAUCGGUGAGACGAUUGUCUUAGAACAGCUACUCCGUGUUCUUCCACAUGAGAUCAGAGUGUGGGUGAAGGAACAUGAGCCCAACACUGGACUUGAUGCUGGAAAACUGGCUCAGCAGUACAUCAAUGCUCACCGUGGGAGUCAGCGCUCUCAACCCAUGAAAGGUAACUUUAAAAAUGCUCCCAGUGGCUUUGAGGAACCUCAGGGUGGCUUAAACGUAACUCAUGGACAGAAAGUAGCUCCUGAAAAAAGACUUGUCUGUUUUUAUUGUCAACAACCAGGCCACAAAGCGACAGUGUGUCCAGUUCGUAAAUCCAAACUAACUGGCUUUUGCUAUGUUCCAAGAGGACAUUGAGGAGGACAAUGCACGUAGGACACAAUAUGUUCAAGUGACUGUAAAUGGACAAUGUUUAAAUGCUCUGUUGGACACUGGUAGCUCGGUAUCAUUACUUAAAAGAAGUCAUAUGCCACAUGUUCCAUUUGUUAAGCUGGUCACUGUACAAUGUGUU